UGGUGCGGGCAGAGCAGCGGCGGAGCCGGGGCCGUGCGUGUUCUCCCGUAUCCAGAUCCAUGCCCGGGCUGUGGGAGCGGCUGGCGGGCGGCGAGCGGGGCCGCCUGGAGACCUCCGACUGCGAGUCUCUGGGCAGCGCCUCCGGCUCGGAGGGAGAUGCCGAGUACGCCGAGGGGGUCUCCCUGCCGGACAUGGACCUGCUGCACGACCCCGAGGACGAGCUGCUGUGCGCCAACCUGCUGGACAUGGUGCAGGCCGCGCUGGGCCGGGCCCCGCUGGGCGCCAAGCGCUGCUCCCGGCUCCUGAUGCCGGCCCAGCUGCAGGAGCAGGUGCGGACGGAGCUGCUGCGCCUGGCGUGCAGCGAACCCUGCGGGCUGCGCGGGGCCCUCCUGGACCUGUGCGUGGAGCACGGCAAGGCCUGCCACGACGUGGGGCACAUCGCCGCCGACCCCGGUGUGGUGCCCACCUUCCAGCUCACCCUGGUGCUCCGGCUGGACUCCCGCCUCUGGCCCAAGAUCCAGGGACUCUUCGCCUCGGGGCCGGCCUUCGCGCCGCUGAAGCUGAGCACGGGCUUCAGGGUGAUGAAGAAGAAGCUGUACAGCUCCGAGCAGCUGCUGAUCGAGGAGUGCUGAUGGGCCGGGCCGGAGGAGCCACUUCCCAAGUGCUUUGGAAGAGCCGGGCAGAGCGUGGCGGCCCCUGGCAGCCGCUGUAGUUUAGGUUAGGCUGGAGUAGGGCUGUAGGUGGAAGUAGUUCGGGCACGCCGAGGUCCCCGCGGGGACCUGCCCGUGCCGGGACGUCCCUGGCGUGGAGCAGCCGGGAGCCGGGCGGAGGUCGCUUCACGCCGUCGGUGAUUGCGGGAUGAUCCCGGCGACCGCGCUCCCGGAGGCGGCAGCGGGGCUGCUGGAGGGGUGCUGGUCUCCUGAUGGCAGAUCAAUCGUGGGGGGCUCUUUUUUUUUGUAAACCAGGAUUGUAAUCAAUGGGGUCUCAGUGGGAGGGGGCGUCUGGAUGAAAGGCAAAGCCCAGCGCCGGCUGCCGGGGUCUGGAAUUGUGUCCUUGAUCACGAGAGCGGUGGGAGAGGGGCGCCGGGGGGGCCGGAGGGCAGGACCCCCGGCCCUGCCACGCUGGGGGGGCACUUCGUUGGUUACAGUUUUACACUCACUUGAUGUUCAAGUGCGAGAAUUCCUAUGCAAUCGUGUCGGGUGGUUUUUUUACUUUUCUAAUAAAACUUUGUCUUGAUUGAUGAUAA